CAUUUGGCAGGUCAACUCCUCCCACACCCCCUCCAGAUCUAGAGGUCUUUAUAAACCGCGGGCGUAGUGGCCAGUUGGACAUCCAUCUAUACUCCUUCUCAGUGUAGCCGUUCCACGGGACAGAAGCGCACCAAUAGAGGCUCGCCGCCUAUUUAACCCAUACCAGAGCAGAUAUCGCCGCGUUUACCGCAAAGGGAAUAUCGUUAUUCAGUAUAGUAUACAAGGGAUACCAGCUACAGAAAUGAGUACCGCAUGUCUGAUCGUCAAACAGACGCCCUUCGUUGUUGCUCCGCGCCCGGUAGGGAUGGACCCUCGUCCGCAGACAAAUGACAGAUAUGAUUCACUAUGGAGACCUUGGCUCACAACCAAGAAGGAUAUGCAAAGGGAAUGCCAGAGAAGCAUACAGUCAUGUCCUUACUCCAGACCUACAGACUCCACCCCUGCAGCUCCAGGUCUCUUCCCAUUCAAUGGGAAGUCCCAGUCCUUCCAGCACCCUGUCAGACUUUUCUGGCCCAAGUCCAAGUCGUUUGACUACCUGUACAGCGACGGAGAGGCUCUCCUGAGGAACUUCCCUGUCCAGGCCACCAUCAGCUUCUACGAGGAGUCAGACAGCGAGGAUGACGAGGAGGACGAGGAGUGGGAAGAAGAAAUGUACAGCGAGGAAAAGGAGUACCUCAAGCGUCAGUCCCACUACACCAGCUACAACUGAAGUCUAGAGGGUUUCCAUUUGGAACAGAUGGAACAUGGUGAUAUUCCAUAAUAUCUCUUUGUGGUACCACAGAAAAUGAUGUCUGGAAGGAGACACCUCUGGCGAGACACCUCUGGUGAGACACCUGGAAGAACCUAUAUAACUGGAGCUGUCUUCACAGUCAGAAUCCAUUCUUAUUCUAUGAAUGGAAUAACCACUGUCAGUCAGAGUCAUAGACUUGUCCUACAGGAGCACAGAACGAUCCAACAAACCAUUUAUGUCACAUAUUCAGUAGUACACAGCAUGCCGAGCACAGAGAAGGGAUUGUAAUGUCUUAAGUAUUCUAGAUUGUUUAUCUUACCUCCAUGAAAGCAAAGAAGCCUAAGUUAAAUGUGAAUUGUGGAGCCUGUUUCAACUGGUAUCUUGUAUUGCCACUAUGUUGGCAUAGGCUCUGUCAAGCAAAGAGUUACAUGUAUUUCUGUAGCAAUACAUAGUAAUGGAAAGUUGCAAAAAGUAAUGUAUGCAGUCUUGCUCUAGUACCAUAUAUUAGUCUUCCUCUGGGGCAGUGGAAUGUAUGCAAGGGAUUGUAUAACUACAUACAUUAAAUCCCACAUUGGGAUAGUUUAUCUCAGGGUCUGUACCUUGUUUGUGUAUAAAAAAAGUAUCUAUUUGCGUUUUAUUUACAUAUCUAAUUUAUGAUGUACAAUUGUAUAUAGAUACAUACAGUAUAUGUUUAUAUAUUUCCUAUUUUUCAACUUUUUUGUAUAUUGUCCAUCGAAAACACUGUCUAAACAACAGCGGUUAAAAUAAAAACCUAUUUU